AUGUUUGCCCAUCGCUACGACCGUUAUAUCCUUGGCUUGGAAGUCAGCCAGCGUUCUGAGAAGUUGGAGGAGUUCUGUAACAGCCAUCAGACACGCCUCUACUGGGGUGGGAAACGCCCACGCAAUAAAUCGGCCAUCGACGAGUCUGUUGAGAAAUGGAUUCUUAUUACAGACCAAGGAAGCAUAAGCCUUGCAAAACAGAUUGGUCAAAACAGGCAUCAACAGGAAUCGAUAAUACGGCUGUUGAUAGACGACAAGUUCAGCUACAGGGAGUUGACUAAACAGAUCAAAGAAGCGAAGAAGCCCGUCGACUGGGGAAACCUGCGACGAUUUAUCGAGCACAGUUUGAAAACGACAGACAUAUGUGCCAUUCGAGCAGCACUUUGCGAUAGCUUGGAUGUUUCUAUUCGCGAUAAGUACACGGAAACUCGAGCAGCGUUAUCUCUCGCACAAAAAGACGACACUGAAUUUCCCAAGCUCCUCGAGCUUGUACAGGGUAAAAUCCCAGACAUUUGCUCGUAA